CUUGGUCUUUCUUGGCCUUUGAUCUUUCUUAGUCGUCUCGUUGCUUGAGUUCCUUUUCCUCGGCGACCCCCUUUUUCUUGUUUCGUUUUCUUUUCUCCUAUUUUUGUUUUCUUCUUCUCCCUUUUCCCUUCUUUUCGACGCUUGGGAUAGAAGCCCUCUCGUCUGUUCUUGCAAGAAGCUGCGGGACAGCUUCGCUUGUCCCUCCUUCCUCGGUUGCUUCGAGUCUUGAACUACAAGUUUAGCGUGUGUGAGCCUCCAGUCCCCAGGCCGGCCUGGACUCUCUUUUCAACAAUGGCGACCGCAACGGCUGGAGAGGCCCCCGUGGCAGACAUGGUGAUGAACGGGAAGCCUGCGUGUGGUAGUAGCGGGGAGGUCGGCGAAUAUGAUCUCGGCCUCCACGUCCUGGGCCUAUUUUUGGUCCUUGCCUUCUCCAUCUUCGGAGCUGGCUUCCCUGUGGUAGCCAAGAAGGUCCCUUGGAUCAAGAUUCCCCCCAAGAUCUUCUUCGCCUGCAAGCACUUUGGCACAGGUGUCCUGAUCGCAACCGCCUUCGUCCAUCUUUUGCCCACGGCAUUUGGCAAUCUCCUCAACCCAUGUCUCCCUGACUUUUUCACCGAGCAGUACCCACCAUUGCCAGGUGUCAUCAUGAUGGGCUCUCUGUUUGUCUUGUUCGUCAUCGAGAUGUGGCUCAACAGCAAGACUGGAGGUCACUCUCACGGCGGCCCCAUGGGCAUUGAAUCUGGCCCGCACGCGCACGCGCACGCGGCGGACAUGAUCGUCCCCGAGCGGCCUCCCAGGUACGACACUGGAGUUAACUUCGAGACGGACGACAUCAAGCAUGAGAAGGACCUCGCCCGAAAGAUGUACGAGGAAAACGUGAGGAAUCAGCUGGAGAACCCCUUCUCCGACAAUUCCGAACUGAAUGCCCAAUCGGAGAUGCCCCCGUGGUUCAUCGUCUUCUACGAACAAUAUGUCCGCCAACGCUUGGAGAUGCUGAACAUGAUCCGGUCCACUCUACCACCAAAACCCGCCCCGCGACAGGUCGAGCCUGAGAGAAGCCAGGCCCUUGUCCACUCAGGUCCUUUUGCCGACUCGCCCUACAUCGACACCGAGACUGGCCUGCCCGUUGACCCUCUGAUCUAUAAGAAAUUGUCGCUGAAUAUCACUCUUCUGGAAGGUGGUAUCCUGUUCCACUCCGUCUUCGUCGGCAUGACUGUGAGCAUCACCAUCGACGGCUUCAUCAUCCUCCUCGUGGCCAUCCUGUUCCAUCAGAUGUUCGAGGGUCUCGGCCUUGGCUCCCGUAUCGCCGCCGUCCCGUACGCCAAGGGAAGCAUCCGCCCGUGGGUUCUCGUCGUUGCCUUCGGCACCACUGCCCCCAUUGGCCAGGCGAUCGGUCUCUUCACCAGGAGCACGUAUGAUCCCAACAGCGCUUUCGGUUUGAUUAUUGUCGGUGUCUUCAACGCCAUUUCUUCUGGUCUCCUUCUGUACGCCGCCCUUGUGGAUCUUCUGGCCGAAGACUUCCUUUCCGACGAAGCAAACCGGGUCAUGACCAGGAAAGACAAGACUGUGGCCUUCAUGUUUGUCCUAGCUGGAGCUGCUGGCAUGUCCAUUGUCGGCGCCUUUGCUUAAUCACCAAAUUGCAACGGCCGCAGGGCAUUUUCAAUUGGGAGCCACUUCGGGGUUUUCUUCGCCAUCUCAACAAUCUACACGAGGGACUCCGAAGCCUAGUGCUCCCACCCUUCCAACCCCUUCU